AUAUCUAAGGUGCAGUUGGGAGACACUAGAGACGCCUGACAUGGACAAACAGUAGAGGGCUACAGUUUCUUUAUCUUCUGUGAUGUUGACACUGUGUAUAUUGCUGACUGAUUAAUGCUGGAUCACACUUCUUAUUUUAAAACAUGCAUUUAGGCUACGAUAAAGAUUUCUUUCUAAAUUUGGACGAAAACUCGACCGAUAUCAUUUCGAAGUGGUGGCACUACUGACGGACAUAUUGCACUCAACCAAUGUUGCUUUUCUUACGUCAGGGUGUCUUUUGAGAUUACAUUUUAUCUAUUGAGAAAUAUCGCGGCAGCAGAUACGUUUUUGCAUUUGCAUACUAAAUCUGGAUGUGAAGCGGUAUAGAGGUGUGAAUUCUGCAGAGGACUUUGCGCAGUACGAAACUUUUUUGCGAUAUAAACGUUUUGAAAUUAAACAUAGUGAACAGGUUUAAAGUGUUAUAUUAUUCAAGUUUAACGGAAAAAAAUAAUAUUAUUUCAGAUGAAUUUAAAAUCAAAAGGCCUUAAAAACGAUGGCGUUUAAAAAGAUUGCAAGAUUUCGAUCGCAAAGCUGCCCCGUUGAUGGGACUUGGAAUAAAUAUUUUGGUGACAUGGAUUGCAGAACGACCAGAGAGGAAAGUCUCAGAAGAAGACCAACCAUAGCUACUACCGGACCUGAUAAGUCACGACCCAGAUCAAACAAAGGAUUAGGAAAUGACUUAGAUAGUCAAUUUAGCAAUUGUGACAGUUUCCGAAAGGACUUAACAACUUCUCAAUCAGCAGGAAAUUACAAUUUAAGAUCUAAUUACAAUAGGUAUGGUAAAGAAAAUAUUGAGAAUUCGAUAAUCACUAAAGAUCAAAGCGAGUUCAAGACACACGACAACAAGGACUUUAUUGUUGAUUGUAAAAAUUGUGAGGAGGCUAAGUCUCUUCUUCAGGAAACUGGGGACUGUUGUUCGUGUGAGUGCCAGCACGACAGGUCAUUUCAAGUGUUACAGGACGAGUCAAGAAACAAACGAAGAAGUGCGACCUCGGGACAAAGACAGCAAGGAGUGCAGGAUAUCAAAUACAAAUCGCUCUCACGCUGGGACAAUUUUAGCUUCAUUAGAAAGCCAACAGUCGAAAGAUUUCAGGGACAUCAACUAUACAACAUAUUGAAUCUCGCUCACUCUUGGAUUAGACGCAAUAUGGGUUUGUUUGUUUUCGAGUGUUUUAUAAUAUUAGUAGUAUUUAUAAGUAUAAGUGGGACUGUAAUGUUAAUUAACAAUCACAAUGACAAGCCAGACAAGUUUGAUAAAGUUUUGCCAAUCGAACCAUUGACGUCAAGCGAAAACAAAGACGAUGAAUACUCCGACUUCUGGGUGUCAGAUGAUUAUAAAGACAUAGUGACUUCACAUGAGUUGAAGGAUAACAAUCCAGCAAAUGAAUAUAAACAUGUAGUGUCAUUACAUGGUCAUAAAAAUAUGAUGCCAGCAACUGAUCAAGCGGAUAAAAGAGAGAAAGACAAAACAAAUUAUAUGGAUACUGUUUUACCAUUGGAGAAAAUCGGAAAAUUUGGAGAAGAUAACAGUAAUGUGGUGUUAGACAUACCUUACCAAAGCGUCUCGUUGGCGGAUUUUGAGGCGCACCUUGUCCGGGCGAAAAGCGCCGAGGAGUUGAUGAAAAUAUUUUUCAAAGACCCCAACCUGAGCGCGGAGCAGAUACGCAGCAUCAUGUACAUGAAGCAAAACCCAAAGUUGUAUUCUACAGACUUUGAUCCAGAGCUUCCUGCACACGCUCCUGAAGCAGAAGAUAUGGAAGCUGCCUUUGCCCACCACAUGGAGGUUAUGACCAGUCCCAACUCAGAGUGUGUACCGCGACCAGAGACUGAAAGGAUAGAGGAAGUCCACGAAGAUUCAGUGAAGCAUUUCCUGCCUUCCUGCACAAUCGUUCACAGGUGCCGAAAAACAACAUCAUGUUGCCCUCGAGGACACGAAUGUGUCCCAACCAAGGAAGGCAUCGAGCUCUUUGAUAAAAAGUUCAUGGUUUUAGAGAUGCAGCGAGGGUCUGAGCACUUGUUACCAGCCAAGGAGCACAUGGUGGUGGCGAAGACGUUUGUUAACCACACUGCCUGCGAAUGCAGGAGGAUGUUGGUAUCAUCAAACUGCGACAAGGAUUGUCCACAGCAGUUUCGGAAGGAGCGUCCCGGGAUAGACUGUGUGUGUACAUGUCGACAGGGCCAUGGCAAAUGUCGCCGUAUACAGAGGGGCCUGGUCGCUCUGGACGAGGAAGACUUAGUGUGUAUCAAAGAAGGCAACUGUAUCAUACCAGAGUGUCAAACAGGAGAGUUCGACGUAGCCAAGGGAUUCUGUUCCAGGAGUCAACGACAUAAACGCAACCGUGGGUAGCGGGCCAUAGAUAUACAGAUGGAGGAGAAAGGGUCGUUGGGUUUUGAGAACAAUAGGGACUGGGUCCAUUAACCCGAUGAACAAUUGCAAUUAACCCUCAGGGCUAUUUGAAACUCAAGAUAUUUCCAUGAAGGUUUACAAAGUAACAACACCUCUAGAAAUUAAUGACGGACUGAAACAAAUAACCAGUACAAAGACUACAACCAAGUAUGAACAUGAACUUUUACAGAUUGGAGCGAUGAGAGACAAGAUUAGUGCCUUCAGUUUUAGUAUUAUGUAUGACCAGUGACCAGUGCCAGUUGAUGCUUUCAAUGUUCUGCUAAUAAGAGUUUAACAUGUAAAAUAUAUUUUGAUGUUUACCAUUGAACUAUUUUUGCAGGCAGACCACAUUGUCCCGUUAUUACAUGUAUACAUUUAAGUGAUAUAUGCUACGACCUCAAAACUACAGAGACAAUCUCAGAAGCCGAACCGUAGCCAAAUACGGCAUGCACACAAUGUAACAAGCUUCUAAAUCGUUGCAGGAUAAAAUAAAUUCAUCUUUAAACACUUUUUACAAUGAAACUGACAGACCACUAUGCUGCCGUUGGUCUCAUUUACAAUUUCAUUUUGUUAUCUUUACGUUCAUUAGCUCUGUUUAUCUUUACUGAGUAUAUGUAUAUGGAAUAUGUCCACGUUGCCUUAUUGAAUUAACAUGGGAUUAGCAGUGCCUUAACACUGUAAGAAGUUGUUUUGCCAGUUAUCAUACGUUUAUCAUUUCUUGUUAAUAAAACAAGACAUCAACAUUGUAUAUAUAUCAUUCUAAAAUAUUAUACGUAGACCUUUAUCACUGACAAAACGGUCCGAAUGAAAUAAUGUGUUAACUAUAGAAUUGUUGUUGUCUUUUUUUAAUUGUAUUCAUAGUAAAGAUUUAGCAACUGAAUGUUCAGUCUGUCAAAUACUCAUUUCAUGGUAUUGAAUUUUUAUUAUGUAUUUUAAAGGGAAAAGUAUACGACUUUUGAAUCUAUUAUUAUAUCAUCAUACAGAAUUCUGGCAUUAUGACAAAGAUUAAAUCUAAUUUAUACUUUUUAAAUGAUUUUCUAAAGGAUGAUAUUUGUAUAAAAGUGCAGAGUUUUUGUGUGUAAGAUGUUUUUUGGUCUGGACGAAAGAAAACAAAAUACUCAUUGAAAAAUAUCGAAUUUAUAAUAAUGCAAAAGAGCGAAUAUAAUCUUUGUUGAUCAAAUCUCACCACUGAUCUACUUAAUUUGACACACGUAUGCCUGGUAGCGCUUCAUCGUGUGUAGCUCUCGAAAAGCAAGGGCGAUGGAUUCUUUGUUUCCAAGGAAUGAGUACUCCGUCUUACCAUAUGGCGAUCUCUUAAUAACAUUGACAUGCUACAAACUGUCCUGGUAAAAAUUAUGAAUAAACUAGUAAGCGAUGUGUUUCCACUAUAUCCAGUCUAAAAUGGAAGUAUUCACUUUUUAUUAAUCAACAUUACAAUUUGGGUCAAGUGUCAAAUGUUCACAACACAAAUGCUUUUCUAGCAAAGAAUCUUAAUACUAUUAUACAAAACAACAAAAUGGUGGUACGUACAUGAACUGACCAUUUGUAGAGCAGAACAUAGCGAUGAUUUAUUUGUAUUUAAACAAAGCGUUUCUCAUCCAUACAAAUAAGUGUAAUGCUCGCAUCAAAAUGUUAACACAUGCAUGUGUACAUAUCCUUUCUCACGUAUUGAGUAGGUUGUUAUCUUCUUACAUAACAUUUAUUUUUAUAAGGGUUUACCUCCUUUUACACUACCUACGCCAUCAAAGUAAGAUGGGAAAAUCAUAAUUUUAAAUAAUCAUAACUUGGGUUCUUUCUUUUUUGCUGAGUAUAUUUUGUCAUUUAACUAUAUCUUUAUUUUUUUACUUAUUGUUUUUUUUCUUUUACAUUGUUUGUUUCCUUUUGCCUCGAAUUAAAUAAGAUAUCUCGAAUGACCACAAGCCAGACCCACUCUCAGUAAAUACUGCAGUAGCCACGGAAAGAGAUCUCCUUGAACCCAAGUCUGUACUAGCAAUAUUUGCUAUAUGUAUAAUUUCUGUAUGUUUGUGUUUUAUUUAUUCUAGUGAUACAUAUGUUUAACGUGAAAUACUAACCAAUUGUUGGACACAAAUAUUUGUUCAACAGACACGUUAUUUGCUUACGUUCACAUGUAUAUCUGUGCAUAAACAAGUGCAUUGUUCAUGUGUAGCCAAAGAAACAUACUAUCUUUACACAAAAUAAGAUGGCAUCUGAUUUAUGUACAUUUCAGUUCAUUUGUAUAUAUUUCGAAUUAAAUUAUUUGCGGUUUAUU